UACACAGGCACCCACUAUUGUCCUAAAAGGACUUGAACUCCAAAUUCCCAAAAUGGAGAGGGAGAUGAUAAUAGGGGGUAAUUCAGAUGGGUUGGAUAGCUGCCACAUAUUGGACUGUUUCCUUUAGGCCUUUAGUUGCUGAUUUAGAGUAAUAUCCAUGGCCCACUAUAUUUCUUUUGCUGACACGUUACUAAUUCUUUGAACUAGUCAACUCUUUUAGUUGAUAAAAUACAACAAUCUUAUUUAUAUAGUUGGUAGCCGCCUACCUAUUUUGUAGCAAUCUCAUGUGUCACGUUCUUAUUCGUUCUUAUAGUUCCUUACAUGGCCAAACCUUAUGGUGCCAUGUCAAGAAUACUCGUUGCCCCACUAUUCGUACUGCCAAAUUUUGGUGCCAACAUCUAAGAAGGUACUGUAUCGGCUGAUAUUCAGGUUAAUGCAACUUUCUUAGAUAUCAAGAAAGAUUAGAAGAAGAAUCGGCCAAGAAAGGGCUGAUUACUGCAGAAGAAUCAUCUGAGGCUGACAAGGUUGUAUUCGAGAAGCCACCUUUGGCCAUGACUCAAUAGUUAAGGCCAUUAUAUGUCAAGGUGAGGAUUGAACGUCAACCAGUCAACAGAGUCCUAGUUGAUAAUGGAUCAGUCGUGAAUGUCAUACCUUCAACCACUUUAAAGAUGCUGGGCAAAAGUAUGGAUGAUGUUAUUCCAACCAAUGUAGCCAUAAGUGGUUUCAAUGGAGGAUCCAGUAAUACAAAAGGCAUUCUGCCCUUACAAGUCACCAUUGGUGGAAGAACGCCAUUCACUGUCUUCUUCAUUAUUGAAUCAACCGCAACCUAUAAUCUCCUUUUAGGCUGCGAUUGGAUUCAUCCUAAUAUGUGUAUCACAUCAACCUUACAUCAAAUGCUAAUCUUUUGGGAUGCGAACGAUGUUAAAAUUGUUGAGGCCGAUAACCAACCUUUUGUUGAUAGGGUUUAUUCGGAAGCAUGUGUACCUAUUAGAUUUGUAGGUACCAACAGAAUUGGGCCUGCAUUAGACACUAUGAAGAGAAAUCUGGUUGACUCUGAUGUUUUUUUUUUUUUUUUGAUAAGUAGAAUGUAUAAAAAGUGCUCAAAAGGGGAGCAUAUCCCAAGGGAACUACACAAGGCCAAAAAGGGCCUCUAAACUUUCAAGGGGUCCAAAAAAUCUACGAUAUCCUUUAAAUAUCUAUAAUUUCUCCCUAUAAUAAUAAUAGAGAACUUAAGCAUGGAGAUAGAGUCUCCUCUGAUCUCUUGUUUCUUUCGAGUCAAAGACACCACCAGACACACAAUGGCAUAGCCCUCCAAACAUUCCGGACUUGGGCCCCCACUAUGCAACCUCUCCAAGCCUCAAUCAACCCUUUAGAGGACCUUGGCAUAGCCCACUGAACACCAAACAAACCAAGCAUCAAAUCCCAGCACUUCCUAGCCGUGGUGCAAUGCCAGAGAAGGUGAUCCACCAUCUCCUCAUCUCUACUGGUUGAUUCAGAUGUUAAGGAACUGCUGAUGGGUGUCUCUCGGCUGAGAUUUUAGUUUUUCAGGCCGAAUGCUGAAGAAUCCAAAGAAGUUGUUAAUGGAAGAUUGUCACUACAUUCGGGAAGCCUAUGUUAAUCAUCUCGUUACUUUGCUUCAUGUGUCAACAGAUUUCCAAACUGCAGAUAUUUUCACUAUAGCCUUAACUAAGACUCGUCACCAGUUCUUAGUUGAUAAAUUGAUGCUUGUGGAUUCACCAACAUCAAUUUGAGGGGCGUAUCAUAGGAGAUGAUCUGCAUACCAAAAUUAGAUGGUUUGAUGGGCUGUAAGAUAGCUUAUAAUUAGGGAUUCCAUCUAACGAAGGGAAAGGAAGACAAGUUUUCUUCAGAAAUUCUCUUUGUUCUCUUUGUCUUGUCCUAAAAAAACUCGUAUCUUGGUUAGUAGUAAAAGAUAUAGAUAUAUACACAGAUUCAUGCACGAUUGAAGAAGCUUAGAGUGAGUUUUUGAGAUUAAAAAUCAGUCUUAAUUUUUCUGCGUGUAUUUUUAUAAAUUUUAGAACACACUAGUGUUUUUGGAUGAUGCUUUUCGACUGAUCGAAGGCAUUCUGAGCCAUCUGAGGGUAAUCUGGUUCGAUCAGAGCAGUAGUUUUUUCCUUCAUCUUCGCGCUUGUGAGUGGAAGGAAGGGGAAUCAAUCAUUACAAAGGGGAUAGAUUGUUCGCGGAGCGAUCAUGUUCUUCCAGGAAUCCGUCUGCAAGAUCUGGGGAGUAAGACUGGAAUCUGUUGCAACUGGACAUGGAGUCGCAGCGAUAAGACAGUUGUUCAACGACUAGGUCUUGGCAAAGUGUAAUAGCCUUCCCGCUGAAUUGACAAAGGCAAUGGACUUCUCUGCACAUGGUUCUGGUAGUCGUAGUCCAUAUAAAUACAAGGAUGGCACUUCAAAUGGUAUAAGCUUUCCAUAUACUCCAAGCACUUCUCUGUCUAGAUUUUCAAGCAAAGCAAUCCAGGGACAGCAUGAGUUCAUAAAUGAAAUUAGACCAUCUUAUUGCCAAAGACUAUCCAAUGAAUUCUCUCUUAGCAGUAAGGAAUCAUCAUACAUGGUCAAGUCCGAUGAAACAGAUACAGGAGGCAACUUAAAGAAAGUUUCAAGUAGCGUAGAAUCUCCAAGCACUCCUCUGUCUAGAUUUUCAAGCCAAGCAAUCCAGGGACAGGAUGAGUUCAAAAAUGAGAUUAAACCAUCUUAUCGCCACAGACUAUCCAAUGAAUUCUCUCUUAGCAGUAAGGAAUCAUCAUACAUGGUCAAGUCUGAUGAAACAGAUAGAGGAGUUGACUUAAAGACAGAUUCAAUUAGUGUAGAAUCUCCAAGCAGUUGCAAUCAAUUUCACUUCUCUAUAUACAAAUGGGCAAGCAAAGGAGUACCGUUACCGAUGCCUCUUAGGGGAGGGAAUGGUUUGAAACUAAAAGAGGAUGGAAAAUUUGAGAGAUGCUCAAGUUCUAAUGGAAGGAUUGGCAGUCACAGUCUGGUUAAUGAAUUACAAACACAAAACAGUGAGUCCUCUAAAAUGGAAGGUGAGAAACAAGAGAACGUCUCAUUUCCUAAAAGAAGCAAUCAAAAUGGAGUAGAAUCAUGUGAAAAUGUUAAGGAAACAGUUUUUGACAUGUCAGAAUCAAGAUACCUCAACAGCUUUCAAAGUACUGUUGAAAAUGUAUCCGGUGAUGUUACCUUAAGUGAUGAAAGAGAAGAAACAAAACCUCAUUCUCUGCCUGCGAUAGGUUUAAGUGAAAAAAUGGUAAAAGAAAAUUCUGCAUUUACACAAGAAGCUCACAAGCCUGAUUUUAUAUCUCUACGAUCACUGCUCAAAGAGAACAACGAGGGACAAGAGAUAGAUAAGUUAUCUAUAAAGGAUGAAGAAAAAGGACCAUCAGUGAAAAUGGCUCAAGUUAAACACUCAAAUGUUGAUGCCACUAAAACUGUUAAGAAGCAUGAUGGGAAAAAAAUUAAAUCAAAGAAAGCAGAAGUGAGUAAAGCCAGCUUGGAAAGUCGGCCCAUAAAUUCAGGAGACAAUCCUGGGAAAAAUGGAGUUAAAGGAAAGGUAAAAGAAUUCGUUAAGAUCUUCAACCAGGAAGCUUCUUCAAAAUCCAAAAUUAAUGUUGACACUCGUCAGAGCUCUAGAUGGAAAGGGAUGGGCACGUAUAGGGCAGAUAAUGAAGCAAACGUUCACAAAAUAGGAACAGAUGGAAAGAAGCACAUGCUUGAUGAAACCAAGAUUAGAACAUUGCGAGAUGCUCCUGUCAUGGUAAAUGAAAAUAUUGAACAGUUGGACGAACAGCAUUCUUACAUGAAGACCAGAAUUCGUGAAACGAGUGAUAAUUAUUUUGGUCCGAAUAGUGCUUCAGCAUGGAGUUUCGAGUCACUUCAUGGUGGUUUUAAGGAUCCACUUGGAAUCAUAGACGAGCCCUUUCAAGAUAACUAUCUGAUAAAAGAAUUAUCACAUGAAGAGGACAAACUGCUUCAAACUGGCAAAGAUGAUGAAGAUAUCCAGGUUCUAGAUGCUAAAAUUCGGCAAUGGUCAAAUGGAAAGGCAGGAAACAUUCGCUCACUGCUGUCAACUUUACAAUAUAUUCUUUGGCCUGAGAGUGGAUGGAAGCCUGUGCCCCUUGUUGAUAUAAUUGAAGGAAGUGCAGUGAAACGAGCAUAUCAAAAGGCCUUAUUGUGUCUACACCCAGAUAAGCUACAGCAGAAAGGAGGCAUGGGAUCAUUUCAAUUCAAGCGGUUCACUUUGACUGUCAAGGACGUGUUCGUUAUCUACAAAUGUACAUUAAUAUAUCUUUUGAUCGCGCAUAGGAAUAUUGUACUAAUAAAAGGACACUCACAAUACCAUGUUGUGUUAUUAGAAAAAUGAGUCUGAAAGCACAUUAAACCUCUUACACCGUUUUUUUUUUUUUUUGGGGGUAAUUUUCUUAAACUCUUUGUUCACAGCACAUCAAAGUUGAUAUGUUUGUACUUAGUACAAACAAAAACAAAAAUGGAUUGUUAUGCGUAGAGAAUUCAGGUUUAAUGAAAUGGUCGUGUGGGGUUGCAGUUA